GCUGUUCGCCCUUCUCCUUCUCACUCUCCGCACGCUAAGCCGGAGAGCCUAGCGCAAGCGACCGAUAAGGCGAUAAGCCCCGCCAAGGUACUCCCCCGUGUGAAGCAUCACACCUGCCUGCCUUGCAUUCGUGCUACUAAAGGAAAACUACCCUUUCCACUUCGCACCUGCUCUCGUCUUCUGCACUGCACCGACAGUCUCGACUCUGUUGCUUGCGCUUUCUCCCUGUCUGCUCACCCGCUCACCUGCUCACCCUGCUCACCCUGCGCGCCCUGUAGCUCCGUACGCACUGGCCCGACGGGCGUUCCCCGCGGGAGCUUGAUCCUGACUUCAUAACCAGGCACCAGGCAGCCGCGUCUACUCACAACCACGGCUCCCUCAAACUUGGUCCCUCCUACUAACAUGGAGCUUCAUAUGCCGCAGCCUGAGCAAGCUUCCGACGACCCUUCACACUCUCCUAACCUCAACUAUAAGACCUCCCCGCAGCUGCACUCGCAGCUCACGUCGAAUGACCACAUAGCGAGCUACGAGUGUCGCUCUCGCAACCCUACCACCUCUCCGCCGACACACGCCGACAAGUACCAACCCCCGCAAAUCGGCGACAUGACGAACGCUACCGAUCCCCCGAAGGAUCCAAAGGAAAACAACGCGAUGGGCCAGGACACCGCUAGCGGUCUUGGGGACGACGGAUAUGAGCUUCUCAGCGACUCUACCGUCCUCCACUCCGAGGGAGAUGCUGAGACCGUCAGCAGCUUCUCCCUUGACGGACCCACUGGUGAUGAUGUCGUCAGCGUAGCUGGCAGCAACCACUCCGGCGACAGCAACGCCUCAGAUGGUUCCGACGAGGAUGAGGCAGCUGCGGAUACGCAGGAUGAGCCUGUGUUCCAACCUUCCGACAGCGGCAUGACCGCCCGUCCCAACAUUCUAUCCCCCUCGGCUUCCAUGAGCAACGGUCAGCUGGCUCCAGAGGAAAUUUCCUUUAACCAGAAGGGAUUCAAUGUCAUGAGUCCCUUGAAUUACCUCGACGAGUCCAACACGCCAGGUAUUCGCAACAAGUAUGGUGUCGAGAAGCUCACCGUUACCCUGAAGUACGGCAUGUCUUUAAAGAAUCUUACUUGUGGUCCUUCCCGCUUCAGUGUCGUUCCGAUUUCUUUUGGUGACGAGAAGCCCGAGGUCCAGCUUAUCGAAUCCACGGAUUUCAAUCUUAUCUUGGACGAGUGUUUUGCUGCCGAACACCUCCACGCAUCUGGUACGGGAGACCUGACCCGGUUGACUUUAAGCGAUGGACGGCAUCUGGACAUCCCCGCCAACAAGUCUCCGGUGCCUUUCCUUCCCAAUCUGGCCGUCAUGUCUUAUGGCGUUCAGAAUGUCAACAAGAAGGAAAUCAAAGACAUGACUGCCUUCCGCGAGGCCAUGAAGGACCGUGGAGUACCUGUAUUGGACAUUGUCGAAUCCGCUGAAUUCAACAUGUACUAUCCAUUUUUCCUUGAGCAUGACAAGAAGUCUCUGGGUGUUUACUACCAGCGUCCUGACACCGAAGUCAUCAGCGAGCUCCCAGUGGAUCUUGAUAUCUUUAUGCAGUUGGAUGCUGAGAGACUCAACCGUCAUUUGGCUUGCAUUGGCAUCCGCCAGACCACUGUCGAAGAGGCGGUUCUUGCCUUCAAGACGGCUCAGCGUGCUGCGAAGAGGGACCGUGUCUUCAACAAGCGUAAGGUGGCCGAUGUUAUCCAGAACCUAUGGAAUCAGUUGAGCCUCAGGCACCUUUUGGUCUGCCUGAGCACCAUCAUCGUCAGCCUCAUGUUGAUGCAGAUGGCCAACAAUAUGUUCCAACCCCAUCCUGUGGAUCUCGCCAGUCAACGGGUUGCCCUCAACUCAGCUAUCGAGGCCUUCAAGGUCGCAAAGUCAGGAGCUCCGUCUUCCCUUGUUAGUCCCGGAUCCACCGUACCUUUGGUCUCAGAAAUGAAACCUGUUACCGACGUAAUGGCUCCCAAAGACAAUGCGAAUUCUCUUGGUCUUCCACUCGUUCACCCGUAUUCUUCCAAGGGGAAUGAAUCCGAGGAGUUUAAGGCGCACAUAAUCGGUGAUUGUCAUUUCGUGCUGACACCACCCAAGAAGCUCACAACCAUGAGAAAGCCGCCCAAGCUUUCCAUUCGCAUCCAGCGUGGCGCUGAAGAAGUUUCUCACGAAGGCGAACCGCUGGUUGAUGGAGUUUAUGCUGUGAGUCUCGAGCGCAAGGACGCCUACGGCACUCUGAACGUUACUGUCACGACCUUGUCAAAGCCGCGUAUGCAGCAAAGUGUUGAGGUUGACUUCGGGUCCUCUUGGUUGCAGAAACUUGGAUACGACAAGACAGCGAGCAAAGCAUUGAGCAAGAUCAAGACCGACGUUUCGAUUGCUCAGUACAAUGCCAUGAACACCUCUCUCCAGCUUUACACUGGCCUGCAGCGUGUCUGUGACAGCGUCAACGGCGCUAUCACCAACGCUCAGGAGAAGUUCCACAAGAGUCUCGAAGCCGCUGCCGUAGCUACUCACCGGCAGGCAGAGGCUUGUCGCAAGAAAGCUUCGGAAGUCAAGACUGCACUUUUCGAGGCGGCCUCGAGGAUGGACAUUUCCAGGGCUUGGAAGAAGACACCCGCUAUCAACGAAGCCAAGUCCGUGAAGAGGGCGCACAAGAACGCUGCUAACAUUGCCACGAAGGUUGGCAAGAUGGUAGCCGGUGUUCGUUCCAAGACCGCAGCCCGCCUUUUUGGCAAAAAGACUAAGAAGGAACUCCGCACGGAGGGUAAGGGAGCCAAGCCGUGCAAGGAAAGGAAGGGCAAAAAGUCUUGCCAAUCUUAAAGAUUCGAGCUUCCAUGGUUUUCUUUGUUUUG